GGUACGCUUACUCCAAAGUCUCCCGACACGAAUUGCAAGCAUACACCGUCCGAGUUCGCUCUGCCAGAAUGGCAGACGCCCAGGACGCUAAUGCAGAGCAUGAACCGCAGCCAUCGUCGUCGACCGCGAGCAUACCGGGCGUGGUGCGGGCUUUCCUUCGCGGCGACCUGUCGCGGGUUGACAAGCGGUUGCCUGAGUGGAUGGAGGUGCUGAGCGGUGUGGGCGCUGGAGAGUGCUGGCACAAGAAGAGCAGCUUCAAGGCGCACCUGUUUGAGGUGUACAAGCUGUGCAAGAUAUGGGGUCAGGACGACGACGUGUGCAAGUGCGCGCUGUUCCACAGCGCCUACAGCAACAGCUACGUCAACCUGGCCAUAUUCCAGGAGGGCGCAGACCGCGGGCGGCUGAAGGAGCUGCUGGGCCCCUCCGCUGAGGAGCUCAUCCACACCUUCUGUGUCGUACCACGACACAACCUCGUGUACGACGACGUACUGGCGGCGGCGCCGUCCGCGUCCGACAUGGCAGCUAUGGUGGCGGCGGCGGCCGAGGCGGCCGAGAAGGCGGCUGGCGGGGACAGCGCCGCAGCGGCGGCGGCGGCGGCUGCAGCGACGGAACCUCUGCGGCGGGUGGUGCCGGCUGAGGGCAUCACGGUGAAGCACAUCAAGACCGGCGAGCCGUUGUUGGUGCCGCGCAAGACCAUUGCGCAAUUCCUGGCCAUGACCAUCGCCGACUUUGCCGAGCAGCUGUUCUCCUGGCAGGACGCCAUGUUUGAGAACGAGGGCGACGGGAGGCUGCUGUACGCGGGCGGCAACGCGCGCAGCCUGUGGCCGGGGCCCUGCAAGCCCGGGCUGUGGCACAGCGCCCUCAGCCGCAUGGCGCUCAUGCUGCGGCACGGCCUCACCGACGGCAGCGGACAGCCGCUGGUGCCGCUGCCGCCCGUGUUCGAGCGCUGCACACAGGUGCUGACGGAGGCAGACCAGUUGGCCGCACGUGACGCCUACUGGCGGGCCGUGUGCGACCACACAGAGCCCCACCAGCACGACGAGGCGGCGCGGCUGCUGCGGGCGGCGGUGGACCACAACCCACACAUCGCAGAGCCGCACGUGCUGCUGGCUCAGAUCCACGCGCAGCGGCAGCAGUGGGCGGAGGCGGAGCGGCACGCGGCGCGGGCUCUGCGGCUGUUCUGUGACUGGGGCACUGCCUGGGACAAGCGCAUGCCCUGGGAGGCCUGGGUGGCCAUGACCAGGGUGCUGCUGCACAACGCCGGCCGCCGCACCUGGCCCGACCGGCCCUUCGGCAUGCUCAACCUGGGACUGGUGCCCGACCUGGACCUGACCUACCACGUGUAGCUAGGGGCCUAGCUAAGGGGGGCGGGAGGAGCGGGUGAGAGUGGGAGUGUGAGGGAGUUGACGGGGAGGGCGUGGAGUGGGAGAGCGCGUGAGAGUGAGGGAGUUGAAGGGGAAGGUGUGGAGUGGGAGAGGGAGGUGAGAUGUGUGAGGGGGUGUGCGCGUGUGAGGACAGGAGUGGAGAUGUGGGGAAAGCUGGGUAGAGCUGCGCCGCGCGCCCCAAGGACCGAGUGCGGUUUAGCGACAAAGUUUGCUGGCGUCGCACGGUAAAGCUGGCGCUGGAGUGUGAACAUUGUAUGCAGAUACAAAGGGGAGGCGGUAAGCUGACAGGAGAGGCGGGCACAACUGGCGAGUGAGUAACUGCCUGGCAGGGGACAGAAGUGGAGGUAUGGGGAAAGCUAGGCUGCAGGAUGCCCACAUUAGACAGUCACACCGGUGCGGGGGGGACGUCAUGCGACUGUCGCCUCGGCUGGCGGAGCGUGUGGUGCUGAGAGACGGGGGCCAUCGCCCGCCGUGUGUAAGUGUAUCUGUGU